AUGGCAGGUAAAGUGCAUCUCCCUGGUGCGGUUAGAAAAGAAGAGAACGAGGGGGCGGCCCCCGUGGCCACCGCGCCCACAGCCCAGGGCGGCGGCGACCAGCUUGCGGGCCAUGGGCAGCCUGCGGCGGGGGCGGGGGCCCAGAGUGUCCCGGCGGCCUCGUUCCCUGGAGGGGCCGCCGCAGAGAGGCCUCUGGCCCCAGACCACAUCUAUGAGACCGAAGCACAACCGGAAAGACUUGGUGGGAACCUUAACACGGGCGCCCCCAGCCGCACGGCGCAGACGCGGGCGCCGGCACCCUCCGCGCUCCUGCGCGGUGAACCGCCGUCGGCGCCCGGCCCCCGACUGCCUUCGCAGUGGCCGCCGGACGCCCUGCGGGCCCGGCCGGGGCUCCUGCGCCUCACGGCCGGCCGCCUCCUCCUCGUCCCUGGAGACAGCGUCCCGCGAGGCCUGGAAACAGAGUGCCCCUUGUUUGAUGUGGGGACAGCAGCCACAAUGAGGAAGCCCGGUGUGUGCCUGCCGUCCUCCCUCUUGGUGGCUGUUCUUCUGCUGAUUCCUGGAGCUCUCUGCAUGGAGAUUAUCGGCGGGAGUCAGGUGGUGCCUCACUCGAGGCCCUACAUGGCGCUGCUUCUGGGCCCUGACCUGUGCGGCGGGGCUCUGAUCGCCGACCGGUGGGUGCUGACGGCCGCGCACUGCCGCCUGAACAGAACUUCCAAAGUCAUUCUUGGGGCUCACUCCGUAUCCAAGAGAGAGCCAGAAAAGCAGGAGAUUUUGGUGAAGAAAGAGUUCCCCUAUCCAUGCUACAACAAGGACACGCACGAGGGGGACCUCAAACUUGUCCAGCUGGCGAAAAAAGCAACAAUUAAUAAAAAUGUGGCUAUCCUUAAUCUCCCCAAAAGGGGGGAUGAUGUACAGCCAGGAACCGUGUGCCAGGUUGCAGGGUGGGGAAUGGUAAACAAUCAGGAUCAGAGAAUCUCCGACAACCUAAGGGAGGUCAAAGUCACUGUCAUCGACAGGAAAACCUGCAAUGACCCGCAGCACUAUAACUACACCCCUGUGAUCAGCCUGAACAUGGUCUGUGCCGGAAGCCUCAAAGGCGGAAAAGACUCCUGCCGGGGAGACUCCGGAGGCCCUCUGAUCUGCGAGGGGACCUUCAGGGGCAUCACCUCCUUCGGCAAGAAGAAAAAGUGUGGAGACCCGCGGUGGCCCGGCGUCUAUGCGCUGCUCUCUCAGAAAUACCUCAAAUGGAUCAUCAAGACCAUGAAGAGGGCAGUUUAG